GUUUUGACACUUUCUUUUUUUUUUUUUGACCUCCCUUCCUUCUUCUUUGCUCUCUCGCGGCAAUGGCGGCGGCGACGGGCAAUGACGACGACAACGGCUGCUUCGAUAACCAGCCAAAACCAGAAUCUGAACCGGCUCCGGUAAACCUUUCGCCUCCUCUGUCGAAGAAUGCUAAGAAGAAGCAGCUGAAGCAGCAAAGAUACGAAGCGAAGAAAGCUGAGAAGAAGGCACAGGAGAAGGAGCAGAAGAGGAAAGAAGGAGAGAGAAAGCUUAAGGAAUGGGAAGAAACCCUAGCGAACGCGACGGAGGAAGAGAGGCUGAAGCUGAUUGAGUCGAGGAAGAGUCUUCGGAAAGAGAGAAUGGAGAAGAGAUCGGAGGAGAAGGAGAAGAAGAUGGAGAGGCUUAAUCGAGCUAAAGAAAUAGGUCAAAAGAUCGUAGUAGAUGUUGAUUUUGCUCAUCUUAUGUCUGAGUCUGAGAUCUCAAGCCUCGUUCAGCAGAUUAUGUAUUGCUAUGCGGUCAAUGGGAGAAGCACUUCACCUUGUCAUCUAUGGCUUACAGGAGUCCAAGGGAAGAUGAGUACUGAGCUUGACAAGCUUCCUGGUUUUGAGAAAUGGUUCAUUGAGAAGGAGAGUAGGUGUUACAUUGAAGCCAUGGCUGAUCAGAAAGAUCAUUUGGUCUAUCUUACGGCUGAUUCUGAAACUGUUUUGGAUGAUCUUGACCUCAAGCACAUCUACAUUAUCGGUGGCUUAGUGGAUCGAAACCGGUUCAAAGGGAUCACCAUGACCAAGGCUCAAGAACAAGGCAUUAAAACAGCUAAGCUUCCCAUUGGAGAGUAUAUGAAAAUGUCAAGUUCUCAGGUUCUCACUGUGAACCAAGUUUUGGAGAUACUCGUCAAGUUUCUGGAGACUAGGGACUGGAAAACAGCCUUCUUCACUGUCAUUCCUCAGAGGAAAAGAACCGGACUUGAUCCUGUUGAUUGUUCGAAAUUGGAACCUCUUUCUGAAGAGCAUCUGGAGGAAGAGGCUGAGGCGGACGAGAGUGAUCUUCUGGAGAGGAAAAAGGUAUGCGUUGAAGUUCCUCUAGAAAGUAGUAGCUAGAUGAAAUGAAGAUUAUGCAUAUGAGAGUUGUUUCUGUAGCUGAGUUUUGGAAUCUGGAAUAUUUAGUCCCUUUUAUGUAUGUUGAGGCAAGACGCAUUGCGACUUUCACCGUCAUUUUCGUAAGAUCACAUGCAUGCGGUUUGGAAAACUAAUGCUUUAUUGA